GUGAGGAUGAGAACAGAUGUGGAACAUCUUAGCAACAAAAUGCAAGUUGAGCAGCUGGAGAGGAACUGACAGCCUUCAGGAAACACAAGCCUGGAGUCAUGGCUAAGCCCAGAAUGCUGUGCCUGAAUCUUCACUCUGUGCUGAUCCUGUGUGUCCUCUUGGCUGGAGCUCGGGGAGACGGUGCAGAAUUUGACCCCUACAAAAUCCUAGGGGUCACUAAAAGUGCAAAUCUGGCAGAAAUCAAGAAGGUGUAUAAACGCCUUGCUAAAGAAUGGCAUCCAGACAAAAACAAGAACCCAGAAGCAGAAGAUAUGUUCAUUAAGAUUACAAAAUCCUAUGAGAUCUUAUCCAAUGAAGAAAAAAGAGCCAAUUAUGAUCGCUACAAGCAGACCAACUCCCAGCCUUACGGACCUCAUGGCUUCCGUCACUUCCAUGACAACUUCUACUUCGACGAUUCCUUCUUCAACUUCCCCUUUAACAGCAAGGGCAGCCGUGAUGCCACUGACAGCAAGUACGUGCUGCACUACAACCAAUAUGUCAAUGAAGUUGUAUCUGACAGCUUCAAAAGGCCUUAUCUGAUCAAGAUCACAUCAGACUGGUGCUUCAGCUGCGUCCACAUGGAUCCCGUGUGGAGAGAGGUCAUACAGGAGCUCGAGCUUCUCGGUGUAGGAAUAGGUGUGGUUGAUGUCGGCUACGAGAGACGCUUGGCGAAUCAUCUGGGUGCUCACCGCACUCCAUCCAUCCUUGGUGUCGUCAACGGAAAAGUGACUUUCUUUAACUAUGCUCUGGCCAAGGAGCACAUCAUGCAGUUUGUGGAGGACCUGCUCCCUCAGAGGCUGGUUGAGAAGGUCACUGAUCGGAAUGACCGUGACUUUCUGAAAAGCUGGUAUGAUGUUAACAAGCCCCACGUGCUGCUUUUUGACCAAGUGCCUGUAGUUCCUCUGUUGUAUAAGCUGACUGCGUUUGCCUAUAAGGACUAUGUUCAGUUUGGCUACGUGGACCAGGGUCUGUCUGAGACGGCCAACCUGCUCAAGCAGUACAACAUCAACACUUACGCUCCAACCAUGCUCGUCUUCAAGGAGAACACCGAUAAACCAGCCGACAUUAUACAGGCUAAAGGGAUGAAAAAACAAAUAAUCGAUGAAUUCAUCUCCAACAACAAAUUUCUUCUUGCCCCUCGUCUGGUGAACCAGAAAGUCUUUGAUGAGCUUUGCCCCGUCAAGCAGUUCCAUCGGCGCAGAAAAUACUGUGUUCUACUUAUCACUGGUGAGGACGAAGUCUUUGCCCCAGGAAACAAAGCUUUCUUGUCUCUAGCCUCUGCGAACACUGAGGAGGUUCUCCGCUUUGCGUAUGUGUACCAACGCCAGCAGCAGCCUCUGUGUGCUGUGCUGCUGAAGAACAGAGACACUCCACCACAGGUGGUGAUCCUGGAGCGGCGUAACGGGGCCGGCAAGGUGCUCUACAAACCCGUCCAGGGCGGCUGGAACGGCAGCGAGGAGGACAAACACAGGCUGCUGGAGGAGCUGGAACGGCUACGGAAAGACCCCUCCAUCCUUACCCAUGAUGCCACGCUGCCUGAGCUCAAUAACGAGUUUGCUUCAAUGUUUUUAAUCAGGUGGAUUUAUGCAGCGUAUGACUACUUGUCUGAAAUUAUUGAUGAUGUUCUCCACAAUAAUUGGCGUGAAAUGAUGCCUCUGCUGUCACUGAUCUUCUCUGCGCUGUUCAUCCUGUUCGGUACAGUGAUUAUUCAGGCUUUCAGUGACUCCAGUGAGGAGAAACAGACCAAACCAAAGGCAAAAGAUGCAGCAAAGACCCAGAACGGAUCCCCAAGCACUGCCAACACUUCCAGCCGUCCACCGAAGAAGAACUUUGUGGAGGUGACCGAGUUAACGGACAUCACUUACACCAGUAAUUUGGUAAAGCUGAGACCAGGCCAUAUCAACGUGGUGCUGGUGCUUACAGAUGCAACCAAAAACAUUCUGCUCAGCAAGUUCGCCAAGGAGGUUUACUCCUUCACUGGGAGCCAGACGCUACACUUCUCCUUCCUGAACGUGGACAAGCACAACGAGUGGAUGUCCACCCUGCUGGAAUACGCCCAGGAUGCCAUGCAGCUGGAGGCAGACGAGGAGGAGGAGGCCAGCAACCGCAAGACGGACUACACGGGCUACGUGCUGGCGCUCAACGGUCAUAAGAAAUACCUGUGUCUGUUCAAGCCAGUGUACACAGGCGAGGAUGCUAACAGCAGGCCGGAGGAGGAGGUGGUGGGGAGGUCCAGGUCAAGCUCCAGAGACGAGCACCAACACAGGAAAGGGGGAUCACGUUCACGCUCCACUACUCUCCACAUCCACCACAAACUGGACCGCCUGGGCCUGUGGAUGGAGCGGCUGAUGGAGGGCACGCUACCUCGCUACUACAUCCCGGCCUGGCCAGGCCUGGACAAGAUCACGGUCAAUAAGUAGAGCUGGGAAUCCUAGCACACUGUUGAACAGACAGCGCUGGUUCUUUGGGAACAGUUUCUCAUCACUCCCAUUGCAGUGUGACUCUGGGUGGUGCUGUAGGCGGAGUUUGUGACCUCAUUGCUCAGACUUUGAUCUUACACCGAUGCUGUAAGUGACCCAAGUCUAAUAGUAGCUCCAUUUAACCACGAUGCUGCGCCAUAACUACUGAAUGCUGCUUCCAGCUGUUACUUUAAAGGUACGAGGAAUAGGGAUGACCAAAAACGAUGAUAUACCAGGAAAAAUCCACUCUGAAUGUCUUGCAUAUGAGUCUUUAAUUAUAGCAUGGCAUUCAGAAGCAUCAAAGACUUUUAUUUUGUAAUUAAUUCUGAGUUAAAUGUUUUUCUUCAAUGUUAACGGUUUCCUAUAUUACCCACAAUGCCACUCGACUACCCGCUGAUCGUAGCGCAGUGGGAUUUGGCCCUUCCUUCAUCUCUAUCUACAGAGAGCGUUGCAGCGGUGCUUUAGUAUUUUAGUCGGUCAUGCUCUUUCACCUCAUCAUCUGUACACUCUGCUCAAACAGGUCCGCUUUCAAAGCUUCAACUUUCCUGCCAAUACUGCCAUAAACACCAUCUCGCGCUACACUCGCACUACUACUUCAGUGUUGGCUCUCCCUUUAACAUGACAUUGAACAUCACUGGAAAGUAUUGAUUGGGAAAACAAGCUCGUAGUUUUUUGUUUUUCGGAGCCAACAGACUUGUUGUGUAUGUUUGUGGCCGUUAACUUGUGUCUCCCAUUUAAACACCACUGUAACUGCGUAAGCAAUAACGGUGUCCUCCUGUGACGUCUGCGUUAAACCACAAUCACUAAAGACAUCACAAAUAUUUCAGUGUUUCAGGGUCCUUAAGACAUGGUGAUAUGGAGCGAAGGCUUCGUGUAGUUGGAGAAAUUUCUCACUUCACUUGAACAGCUAAUGGGGUGAGAUUGGUGUAAAGCCUAGGUCACAACCGGACGUAAGAUUUUUUUGGCCGUGCGAUUUUUGGCGUUUCCCAAAUCGCUGCGUUUUUUUUGUUCGUGGAGAAAGACGCACGUUGGCCGUAAGUUUGUCUUGCAACCUGAAAAAAAACGUAAGCGCCCGUAGAGUUUGUUUGAAGAACCUCUGCGGCCGGUCUACGGCUCGAAAAUCAGCACGUCACACGCGCGCCCUCUGUGCGUUUCACGCGCGCCCUCCAUGCGUUUCUUGCGUUUUUUGCACGUAGACCGGCCGUAGGAGCACGUACGGCCGGUUGUGACCGAGGCUUAAGGUUUAACCUGAUUCUGUUCCAUGCAGUCUACAGACACCAUGACCUGUUAAAUGUAGCAUGAACUAAAAAAACAAACAAAAAAAACCCUGUAGGAGUGGGAAGCUCUUCUUUUACAAUUUUCAUUUAAACAUCUAAACAGCAAAAUAUUUCAUCAUUUACAUUUUUAUCCCCCACUGUUCGAAGGGGGAUUAUGUCGUGGUGAUGUCCGUCCCGGGAAGGGUACUCACCCUCACUCUGAAAUCGACUCCGCUCACAAUUUGUGGAGGAAUUUCACCAAACUUGGCAGGAUUCUUUGUUAUAUGUCGGUAAUACGCAUAUUGUAAUUUCGUUAAAUUGGGUCACAUUUUACCAGAGUUACAGCCCUUGAUUAACAAAAUUAUAAUUUGACAAUUUCAUGAGAGUUUUUUCCUUCUGACAUCAACUCCUUUCACAAUUUUUGGAGGAAUUUCACGAAACCUGAUAAAAGGCAUCGUUAUGUCAGUAGUACACGCAUUGUAAUUUUGUUCAAUUCAGUCGCAUUUUACCAGAGUCGUGGCCCUUGAUGAACAACCUUGUACUUUCACAAUUUCAUGAAGGUGUGCUUGCCUUCUGACAUCAACUCCUCUCACAGUUUUUGGACGAAUUUCUCGAAGCUUGGCCUUGUUAUUUGAUGGUAAUACGCAUAUUGCGAUUUAAUUUCGGUUGUGAAAAUUUUUACCAGAGUUUUGACCCUUGAUUAAAUUAUUUCAUGAUUUAAAUAAUUUCACAAUUUGUGGAGGAAUUUCACCAAACUUGGCAAAAGGCUUUGUUAUAUGACAGUUAUACGCAGAUUGAAAUUUAAUUUGGGCAGAUUUUACCAGAGUUAUGCCCUUGAUUAUUAACAAACUUGUACUUUUGGCAAUUUCAUCAAGGUGUGCUUGCUUUCUGAAAUCAACUUCCCCCAGUUUUUAUUAUCCCCCACUGGCCGAAAGACCCGAAGGGGGAUUAUGUUGUGGCGAUGUCCAUCUGUCUGUCCUGAGAAAGGUACUCACCUUCUGAAAUCAACUCCUCUCACAAUUUUUGGAGGAAUUUCAUGAAAAUUGACAGGAUUCUUUGUCGGUAAUGCGUAUAUUGCAGUUUCGUUCAAUUCCGUCGCAUUUUACCAGAGUUAUGGCAUCACUGCCAGUGGGGGGGGAUUGUGCUCUCAGAGCACUCUUGUUUAUAAUUAUUUUUUUCACGGUCCAAAUCCUGCGCUCUGAUUGGCUGGCGAGUGGGUCCGUAUCCUGUGGUACGGACCCCGGUUAUGGACCUCUGGCGACUCGCUCAUUCACAACAACAAACAACAUAGUAGAAUUUUUUGUCAACUUUUUUUUUUAAAUAAGAUUUAUAAGAUUAUCAAAAGUCUUAUAAAUGUUUGCCAGCAUUUCUCAGGAGAAUAGCAUUAAUUUUACAGCAUGGAUAGCGAUAACGACAGUGUUCACAGCGAAAGCGAGUUUUACUACCCUGAGGAAGAAGAAAUAAAAGAAAACAUUUCAGGAGAAAGCUAAAAACCUGUAAUUUGCUAACGCCGAGCAAAAACAUGGCUGAAUCCUGAAUGACUCCUAUUUGUAUAAAUAGGGGACUACAUAGGUGGCAAAAUGUAGUUUUUUUUUUUUUUUCCUGCCAUGGAAGUGCACUUGUAUACCGAGGAGGAAGCAAUUUGCAUUACAGCCGUGAAUGAGGAUUCAAAAUGGCGGCUCGGCUCAGUUUUCCCUUUCGGGCGCUCUCGUUUUCUGUUAGAAUUUGGUAAAGAAAAAAAUA